GGUAGUGACGUCACGGUCUCGCGAGAUUAGACUUGUGACGUUCGGAUGAGCAGGCCGGCAGGAGCCGAGGAGCUGGACAUUUAAAUGGCGUUGCGGGACAUUUAAACCGCGAUCUCGGACUGCGGGUUGUGUUAAGAACAGCGGGACUGUUCGGGGUCUCACUGACUGAAGCUGUCAGUUGUGCACUGAUUGUGCCUUCAUCAAAAGAUGGAGUCACAGGAUGAGAUGGCUGGAAUAAAUCCUUUAUGUCAUAGAGGAAAAGACUGGGACACACACAGGAAUGAUGCACCAGUCACUAUAUCUGAUGACUCUGAUGAAGAUCUAUCUUUUGUCCUUUGCAAGCCAGCACAGGACUAUGAGGAAGAUGAAGAUGAUGAUGAUGAUGAUGAUGUUGUCAUUUUAGAGGAAAGACAACUAAACCACCGUCCUGACCUCAUUCGACCAGCGGCUGCGUGGCACAGUGGGAACCCAUCAGUUAGUGGAAGUCGUCGGCCUUUGUGCAGGAAAAGUCUACAUGAACAGCAUUCUAGAAGUAAUGGGAAGGCUGAAUUUAAAGAAGAGAUAGAUAGAGAUAUUGUGGAUGGAACCCUUUUGAGCAACAGAGUUCUAGACAGCGAAGAAGAUCUCUAUAUAACUCCCACAAAAUCUGUUUGCGAUUCUUCGGGUCCUUCUAUAAAUAAAGAGACUAUUUGUCACAAAUCUGUUGGUAAACAUGUUGAACCAGUACCAGGUAUUGUGUUGCCAUCUGUACUUAAGAACUCUCUUUCCGAACACCCAUUUCAUCAGUCUAGUCUCCAGAAAGGAUUUACUAUAAAUUGCCAUGCACCAGUGCAAAAAUUAGUAAUGAACAACGAUGUUCAAGAUGACUUCCUAGGACCAGCUUUUCCCAGGACCCAUCUAGUGGAGGAUGAAAUUCCAGGACCCUUAUCCCCUCCGAUGGCCCAUCCUUCAGAUGCACCAGAAAAAGAAAAUCAUACAGCAAGUGACCUGCCAAAAAGAGCAACAGGACCAACUGAGUUAAACCCUGGUAAUCUGCCUGAUCAGGGAGCUGCAGGACUUGACUAUGAGCUGAUAUCUGACCUCAUUAAGGAAACUGAAGCAAGAUUUCCAGAUGUUAAACAAGAGUAUGUGAAAGAACUGAUUCUCUCCAAACAAUGCUACGAUUUAAAUGUCAUAUGUAACACCCUUCUGGAAGAUCCUGACUACCCAAAGAGAGAUGGUUUGGCUGUUCUAAAUAAGAGUAGCCGUUUACUUACCAGUCAUGCGGAUCCCAAGGUGACCAUGGUGGACUAUUUUAAUUUUUCACAACUCGCUCCCCUAGAUCAACGGUGCCUAAUUCAAGCAUCAGACCUCCUAAUGGCUGAUUUUAAAAUGCUCAGCAGUCAAGAUAUUAAGUGGGCUUUGCAUGAACUUAAAGGACACUAUGCCAUAACCAGAAAGGCUUUUUCUGAUGCUAUCAAACAGUGGCGGGAGUUGUCUCCAGACCCAGGUGGGAAGCGCAAAAAAAGAAAAGAGAUGAACCAGUUUUCCUAUAUUGAUUUCAUAUUUGAGCAAGCUCCACCGCUCCGUCCGUCGUCCCUCUCCCGCUCCCUGCAUCGGGGGCCAGGAAAUGUAACUAUUGAGAAGCGAAUGUACUUUUUGGAAAACAAGAGACGGCAUUACAAAACAUAUGACAAAAAUUCACUACUCCCUGCUGUGCGAGAGGAACUAGAAUUCUUUGAACGAAAGAUGAAGGAGAUGGCAGAGCAUGAAGAUUUCCUUCUUGCUUUACAAGUGAAUGAGGAACAAUAUGAGCAGGAUGGCCAGAUGAUCGAGUGUCGCUGUUGCUACGGUUCAUUUGCCUUUGAAGAGUUGACUCAAUGUGCAGAUGGGCAUUUGUUCUGCAAGGAGUGCCUCAUAAAAUAUGCACAGGAGGCUGCCUUUGGCUCUGGGCAGCCCAAACUGAUCUGCAUGGAAGGCACUUGCCCCUGUGAGUUUCCAACAAGUGAAGUAGAAAAAGUUCUUCCAGAGAAUAUUCUUCAAAAAUAUUAUGAAAGGAAAGCUGAAGAAGACAUCUCUGCAGCAUGUGCAGAUCAGCUGGUUCGGUGUCCAUCUUGCAGUUUCCCUGCACUUCUUGAUAAAGAUGUGGAUAGAUUUAGCUGCCCAAACCCUCAUUGUCGAAAAGAAACAUGUAAGAAAUGUCAGAAGUUGUGGAAGGAACAUGUAAACCUGACCUGUGAAGAACUGGCAGAAAGUGAUGAUGUUAACUACAGAACCUUCAUUGAAGAAAAAAUGACUGCAGCCUGUGUUCGGAAAUGCCAUAUAUGUGCUACAGAACUCAUCAAAGCAGAAGGGUGCAACAGAUUAUCAUGCCGCUGUGGGGCACAAAUAUGCUACUUGUGUCGAGCUCCUAUCAAUGGCUAUGACCACUUCUGUCAGCAUCCACAUUCUCCUGGUGCACCAUGCCGGGAGUGUACCCGUUGCUCUUUGUGGACUGAUCCAUCGCAAGAUGAUGAGAGAUUAAUCCUGGAGAUCCAAAGAGAUGCAGAGAAUGAACAAAGGAGCCGAAAAGGCGAGAAAGCUGUCAAAAGAAUAGGACCUCCUAUUCAGAAGAACCCUUCCAAGUCUUCAAGGAUAGAGACAGUGCCAAGAGAACGACCCUUAAAUCAGCCGCUGAUACCUCAGUUUCCCUUAAUGCACCCAGCUUUUCCUCUUCCCCCUGUCCAGCCAAUGUAUAAUAACUUCCAAUUGAAUUUAGGAGCCCAACAUGCCCCAUAUGUGCCUCCACUAGCCAACAUUCGGUUGAACUAUAAUGUUCACCCAAUUGACAUGGAUUUAGAGCCGCACUUGCCUAUGCAUUUUGGACCACAGCCUCGGCGUGAGUUGUGACAAAGCAAAGGAGCAAAUUCAUAAGAAGAAUGUCUUCCUAAUAGGAUCUUAAUAUAGCACUUGGUACUCAAAGUCUUGAAACAGUUGAAGUAUUGGAUGAUGUAUUGGUUCUACUUGUGAUGGUCUGUCAGAGCCUGAUAGGAAUGUAAACAGGAUUUCAAAAUCAAAGUUCUUAAUAAAACACCCAAAGUCUUGAGUUUUUAUUAU